CUGAAAACUGCUUUUGUAAAUAUGUCAAAUGAACGAUAAGCUGGUAACUUCGUCUUCAUACUGGGAGCUGCUGUAUGGUUGUCCCUUUUUCUACCAUCAUCUUAAUACACAAGAGGUACAGAUGGACUUUACUUGGACUUAGUUUGGAUGAAUAAUGACUCAUUUUGGUUUGAUAGCAUGAAGCCUAAUAGGUUGUUAAUGAGAAUCGAUGAAUGACAAAACAACAGUUAGUGCACUCUUAAGUGCUAUAAGGGUUCAUGCAGUGAUGUCAUCGAAAUAUUUUUGGUUCCCUGAAGAACCUUUCAGUUAAAGGUUCUUAUAGGAAACAAUUCUUACUUAUCUUUUUUAUCCUGUAUUACCUUUAUCCAAUACACAAAACCUAUAAAAGUAGAAAAGGUUAUUUAUGGAACUAUAAAGCCUGACAAAGAACCUUUAAGGAACUUUAUUUUUAAGAGUGCUGAAAUUAAACUUUGGCAAUCUUGAAUUUGGAUUCUCUCUUCACUCUUAAAAAUAAAGGGUUUUUCGCAGCAAUGCCAUAAAAGAUUCAUUUUUGGUUUCGCAAAAAAAAAUUAGUCAAAGGUUCUAAAAGAACCACCAUCUUUCUUUCGAUAGUUCGAACAUUUUUCCACUAUAAAACAUGAAAGGUUCAGUGGAUGUUCUUCAUGGAACCAUUCAGCCUGACAAGGAACCAUUAUUUAUAAUAGUGUAGACGCUGUCCAGGGUGCUGAUCGUUGCCCACUUCAGGUUUAAUCAGGAAGGAGACUACAUACGAUCAUUAACACAGCGUAGACUAUUAUUAUUACAUUGUAUAUUCAUUUGUUAUCAAGAUGAAACAAUAUACAGUGCUAUAUAAAAUGAUGUGCACCCUAAUAUAGAUCUUAGUUGGGUGCUUGCCAGUUUUUGUUUAGCCUGCAUUUAAUCAUGCACAUACAUAAUCAUAAACAGAAACGUGUAUUAAUCAUACCAGUAUUAAAGCACAUUGAUCAGGCUACUUGAGACUAAAACAUUACCAUAAAGAUGUUUCUUUCAGAUUUAAACUUAAGAUUCAUUUAUAAACUUAAGCUUGUGUUAUAACGUACUCUAAUGAUUGUGAUGAUAAGAAUAAAGCAUCUUUAAAUAGAUAUCCUGCUGAGAGUGUCAGAUUUGUUGCAUUUACAUGUGUUUUUCAGAAAGAAAGAUUGUUCUGUCUUCUGUAUCCAUCAGCAGAGAGUAGAUAACACAUGGGUGGUUGAACACGUCGGAUACAAACUUUCUGGCACACUUUUUGACACUUCAAAUAUAGUUUCCGUGCAAUCGAAGCCAAGCUGUAGAUCUCGAGACUACUAGAGAGGUUGUAAUUUGCCUCACUUGUGGAAAGCGUGAUUACAGUUUAAGGCAAAUCUCUAACACAAAUAUGAUAUUGUGUGAUUAGUCUGGAUAUGCAGUAUAAUAUUCUCCUGAAUGUAAGAUAUUAAACUAAGAGCACAUUGCACGUAUAUACUCCUAAAUAUAAAGGUGUUUGAAAGGUCCUUCACAGGGAUGUCAUUGAAGAACCAUUCAAAUAACUAUUUAGUUCUUAGGAUGUUCUUUAUGGAACCAUUCAGCCAAAGAUGGUGCUUCUAUGGCAUUGUGAAGCACCCUAGUUUUGAAGAGUCGACCGUAUGGGGACACGCAUCCCACAAUCUCUGUGAUGAAAUGUUUAAGAUUUAUUUGACAUCUUAAAAAAAGGUAUUUUGAAAUGUCCCCUUUAAAAAUGUUACCUGUUUUUAUCUCAGUGUGCCAGGGUUGCUCAUUAAACAUCCGAAUAUCCCCAGAGACACAUUUAUAUUGCGUAUCCUUGAUGGUGUAUGAGGAUCAGGUAGAGGCAGUAACUCUCCAGAGACAGAAUUGUCGAGGAAAUAACUACGCUGAUCGCAGUCCUCUGGAUGGCUAACCCUAGCAAAUUUCAUUUAGGCUUUUAGAAGGGCUUCCUGCCAUUGUAUCUGCUUGCGAGUUCAUUUUAGGAGAGGACUAGAUUACCGUAACUAAGAUAUGUAGGUUUCGAGUGCUUAUAACAGUCAACUUAUUACCUGACCCAGCUAUACACUGGACUUUGUUGCAGCACGUUGCAUACUUGUCAGCACUUUUUCUGCAACUGCGAUUUAUCCUUUGGGCAAGAAAAAAAACCUUCACCUGUCUCUCACUCGUAUAGGCAUCUUGAUUUAUGACAGGCUUCUCCAACAAGCCUGUCAGCUCAAUUACAUGAAAUUCACAGUUUAGCUCCCAUGCGCAUCAAGAAUAAGACUAUACACGAAUAUCAAGAAGCUUUCAGGCUGUCAAUCCAAGCCCACCGUUUUUUUUUUAAGUAUGGGCAGUAGCUGUAGGGUUUGUUUCCUCCUAAUUCCACAUACCAAUGCUGUUAAAUUACCUCUAACAUGUUUUGGAGAAAUCUGUGCCCGGAGGAGAGACGCUUGCCUGUCUUUCAGCCUGGGCGUAUGACUUUAACUGGCAGCGGCUAUAGCAAAUCACCAGCGACCUGCCUUGGCCAGCCCUUCAAACACCUGUGUAUUUAAAGACAAAUGUACAGUCUGCCAGUCUGACCGAGCACCAGGACUCCUGAGAAAAGACCUGGACCCCAGCUCUGAGUGCAAACAUGUCAGACUUACGCGUCAGUGGGGGAGCUGUCAGAUACGGAGCCACCUAUGGAGGCAACCGUCUGUUCUCCGGAGCCAGAAGCGGCGGGGGUGCUAGCGUGUCUCUGUCCCGCUCACUUGGCUUGUCAAGGGGAGCAGGAGGUGGCCUUGCCUUGGGGGGAGGCUUUGGCGGCGGCUACGGGGGCGGCUUUGGGGGAGGCCUGGGUAUGGGAGCUGGUGCAGGGUUGGGCAUUGGCGGAGGUGCUCUUGCUUUAGGUGGAGGUUUAGGCCUGGGCGCUGCAGGAGCCAGGGCAGCAGGGUUUAGGGCUGGCGUGGCCCCUCUGAGAGCCCGUCUUGGGGGCAGAGUAUUCAAAGUCGGAGGCUACGGUUUCAACCCAUCCUUCAUCAGCUCCACCACCACAGUGGAAUCAGGUGUCGGGCCAGUGCCCAGCAUCGACCCAUCGCUUCCUUCACCAGACACAGUGCAGGUCACACGCUUGAAGGAGAAGGAGGAACUGCAGGUCCUCAAUGACAAAUUUGCCAGCUUCAUUGACAAGGCCCGCUCACUCGAGCAGCACAACGCGGUACUCAGAGCCAAGAUUUCAAUGUUUACUAACCCAGAGCAAGGCGGACCUGCCAGCUCUUCCAUCCUUCUCACCUCUGCCAUCGGAACGUAUAAAUCCCAAAUUGACAGCCUCACAGCUACAAAAGAGGCCAUCAUUGCUGAGAUAGAGCACUACAAAGGCGUCAUUGAUGAUGUUCAGGCCAGGUAUGAAGAAGAAACAUCUCAAACCAAAUCUCUGGAAAUAGAUUGGACUACGCUGAAAGAGGAUGUGGAUAAUCUCUACCUAACCAUUUUUGAGCUGCAAACCAACAUCACUGGGCUGGAGGAUCAGAUCGCUCUGUCCAAGCAGGUGUAUGACGCGAAAGUGAAAGAGGUCAGAAACAUUGUGACGGGUGGCGUGAAGUCUGCAGUCUCAAUCUCCGUGGAUAACGCGGCACAGGCGCAGGAUCUGACCUCGGCACUGUCUGAAGUCAAAGCUCACUAUGAAGCCCUGGCUCAGCGCAGCAAACAGGACGCCCUGAUCUCAGUGCAAGACAGUCUCUCCAUGAUGUCAGUUUCUACUCAGCCAAGUUCUCAGACGCUCACCACAGCCAAGGAAGAGUUGCGAGUUUACAAACUGCAGAUUGACUCUGUACACAGGGAGAUUGAGAGGCUCAAAACGGUGAACCUGCAGCUGGAGUCUCAGGUGGAGGAAGCAGAAUUACACUCCAGCUCACAUACAGAGACGUACCAGGACCAAGCUGUUACUCUCAAAUCUCAGCUUGAUGAUCUCAGAAAGCAAAUCACUCAUUAUAGUCAAGAAUAUCAGGAGCUUCUUGCCAGCAAAAUGUCACUGGAGGUUGAAAUCACAGCUUAUAAGAAACUUCUGGACAGUGAGGAGAACAGGCUGAAAUCUGGAGGUGGCAUCACCGUGCACAUGUCUAAGACCAUAGUAGGAGGAGGUGGAGGAGGCGGCGGCGGAGGUCUAGGCCUCGGUGGAGGUGCAGGCCUGGGCGGAGGUGCAGGUUUCGGUGGAGGUGCAGUUUUCGGUGCAGGUCUGGGCGGUGGCCUUGGAGGAGGUUAUGGAUCUGGAGGAGGUUAUGGAUCUGGCCUCGGAUUGGGACUUGGUGGAGGACUCGGCCUUGGAGGAGGUGGCUAUGGAAGCAGUUUCAUGUCCUCAAGUCUGAGCAGCAGUGCUUUGUCAUCAACAGUUUACUGAAGCAUCACAGCCUUCAAGCCACAACAUGAUUCUAAAGUUCAUUGUUUAGGGCAGCGAGGAAGCCAACCAACCACCGCAUUGACGACGACUCCCAUAAGAUAACACAUUUUGUCUGCAUUAUCAUUAAAGUUGUAACCGAUGACUGAUUCUCCACUGUAUUUCCUGUGUUAUAUACUAAGUCCGAUAAGGCCCCUAAUUCUGUGUUCUUUAAUUCUGUAUAAAUUUGAACAUCAGGAGUGUCGCAGGGUUUGUUUUUGCAAAGUUUUGUGUAUUUCAUGCAUCAUUUCCUACCACAAUAAAAAAUUUCCACCCUGUUA